ACGUGGACACCACUAGUGUCAUGUCAUAUAUGUCAACUUUUCGCAAGUGUAUGGUAGAAAAUUAAAUUUAUUUCUUUAUAAAUCAUCAAAAAUGGCAGAUCGCCUGUUUAUUCACGAUGAUAUUAAAUUAUACACAACAUCAGAUAAGUUUUAUCUGGAGCCCACAAUACACCCCACAGAGAUCAUGGUCAUUGACCGGGUCACGGGGGAAGCUGUAGUCAAAGAAUAUGGCACGGUAAAAAUUCCGAUUCCAGCGAACGCAUACAAGCCAGUAUGUGGUUUCCUCGGCACCAUCAAACUGUUAUCAGGACUAUAUCUAGUUGUAGCCAAAUACAGGAUAUUGAUGGGUAAACUGAAUGGACACGACAUAUACCAGUUGGCGGGCUCUGACAUCAUCCCGUAUGCUCGCUCGAACACACACCUCAGUAACAAACAGAUAGAAGAUAACGCGACAUACGAGCGCAUGGUCCGCCAGGCGCUGGACACUCCCGGCAUCUACUUCUCCUACGGGUACGACCUCACGCACACGCUGCAGAGGCUGCACUCCGUAGCACCUGACUUCCACAAGAUGUCCAUAACGAACCGAGCAGACCCCAGGUUCCUGUGGAACGGCUUCCUGCUCCGGGACUACUCAGACCAGAUGUUCUCCAAGUUCACGCUGCCCCUCAUACAAGGCUUCGUGUCCAUCAACAGCGUGGUAGUGAACGGGCACCAGCUGACGUGGUCGCUGGUCUCCCGCCGCAGCGUGGACCGCGCCGGGACCAGAUUCUUCAUGCGAGGAGUCGACGCUCAGGGCAACGUAGCAAACUUCGUUGAAACAGAACAAAUAAUCGAGAGAGGCGGUGAGAAGUCCUCCUUCGUUCAGACCCGCGGCUCCAUACCAUUGUUCUGGAGCCAGUACCCGAACAUUAAGUACAAGCCGGCUAUGGAGCUGGCACAUGAAGACCACGUGGCAGCCUACACCAAGCAUCUGAGAGACCAGCAGCAGAGAUAUGGGAAUCAAGUGCUUGUGAACUUGAUCGACCAGCACGGCAAGGAGGAGGCGCUGGAGCGCGGGUUCCGCGCGGCGGUGGCGGCGGCCGCGCUGCCCGGCGUGCGCUACGAGCCCUUCGACUUCCACGCCGAGUGCCGCGGCAUGCGCUACUACAGGCUCACCGUGCUCACCGACAGGAUCGCGCAUGAACAGACGGAGUUCGGGUACUUCCUGUCCCGCGGCGGCACGGUCCUGCUGCGGCAGAGCGGCGUGUUCCGCACCAACUGCGUGGACUGCCUGGACCGCACCAACGUGGUGCAGAGCCUGCUGGCGCGCCUGCAGCUGGACGCCGCGCUCAGGCUGCUCGCCGUCACCAGCGGCGACGACGAGAAGCAUCCCUAUCUCGAUAAACUGUUUAAUAAUGUGUGGGCGGACCACGCGGACAUGAUCUCGACGCAGUACUCGGGCACGGGCGCGCUGAAGACGGACUUCACGCGCACGGGCGCGCGCACGCACCUCGGCCUCGUGCGCGACGGGAUCAACUCGCUCACACGCUACUACAAGAACAACUUCAGCGACGGCUUCCGACAGGACUCGAUCGACCUUAUCCUGGGUAAAUACGUGAUCUCGGACGGUGAAGGCAACUCGCUGCCGUGCCCGCUGCGCCGGGACAGGGACUGGAAGUAUAUCACGUUCCCGUCGGUGCUGCUGGUGGCCGUGUCCAUGUUCUGCGCGAGCGCGGCGCUCCCGCAGCGCUACACCAGCGAGGUGCUGCUCUACCUCAUGUUCUGGGGCGCCGCCGUCACCGCCACGCUCACCUUCAUCUGCAGACACGGCAAGGAGUUCGUGGACUGGCCCCGGCUGGACGCGGGCGGGCUGGCCGCGGCGCGAGCCCUCCCGCCGCCGCAGUCUUUAUGAUCGCCGACUUGCCGCUCGUAGUCGUCGUGUAGCUCACACCCAUAGCCUCGCCCCGCGCCAGAGCGGGACGGGAGACCAGCUGGGACCUAGUGUUGUUCGAUAGGUAGGUUGUGUACUUAUGUUAUGAUAGAAAGUUUUAUGUAGACCAAAUAUUAACUUAAUUCAAUUGUGAAUGAUGGUUUGUGAUUGUAGAAUCGAUUUAGGCCAAAUAUUUUCUUAAUUCUGUUGGUUUGUGAUGGUAUAUGCUCUUUAUCUGAUAGUUUAAAUUUGCAAAGACCUUUAUUUUUAUAUACUGGGUUUUACUGUAAUGCUUUCACCAACAGUGAUAAUGAAUUGGGGAUGUGCAUACUCCGAUUAAAAACAUCCCGUUCUGUACUUACAUUGCGUAGUUCUGAGGCUUGCAAAUACCCCCUUUUUAACCGACUACGCUAUAAAGUUGGUAGUGAAUCGUUUUGUAUUUCAUAAUAAGUUUUUUUUUGAGUUUAUGAAAUACACUUAUGGUUUCAACUUGUCUAAUGCUGUAUAGCUACAUAGGCCACAGUAGUAUUAAAAUAAAUAGUUGGAAGCACAUAUCUCGGGCUUCCUGACUUCAUGUAUGACGUCAUAAUUUAUUAUAUAGCUAUCGUAAAUGGUUGGUCUUCCUAUACAAGUAUAAUAUUAAAAUAUUUCAAAUAUUAUUUUUCUAUCUUAAAUUAUUAACUUCUAUCGAUAACAGAGAACAACACUAGUUAACAGCCCUUAAAAUAGGACACUUAAUCAACGUCUACCACAGUUUAAAUUGUACUUUAUUCCUUACAUCUUAGAGUUCAUUUUGAAUCUAAUAAGAUUUUAAAGUCCCGUUGUACAAAUAUUAAAUGAACAUACAGCCGAAUGAUUGUGUGGGAUGUGUUUUUAUUUCAGUUUAUAAAUCAUUAUAUUAAAAUGUAUCUUAAUAUUUUGUCUGGCAACCCUUUCGAGGGAAAGUGACUAUUUUCAGUAUUGCCAUCAUCAAACAAUUAAAUCAACGAAAUAUUUUUCGAUCUAGAAACUUCUAUAUUUAAGAAGACUUUUCACGUUUCUAUUUAGCAUCACUUACCAUAAACAAUCAUUGGGCUGUCAAAUUAAAUAUUGACCAUAGAUAAUUUAGACAAAACUCGUUGCUAUUUUUGCUUAGUAUAAAUUUAUUAUUAUGUAUAUUUGAUUUCAAAGCUUCAACGACAUUUUUACUUAAUUCCAAGAUAUAUGAAUUUGAACCUUAUGUAUUUGUAAUAGAGUGCCAUUUUAAAAUACAAAAAUUGACAGAUUUGACAUAAAAUUCGUUUACUCUUUGAGAUCAAAUAUACAUGUGUUUGGUAUAAAUAUGUAUUAGCAUUCCAAUGUUACGUAAAGUGAUAUAUCGGACUUACAUUUGUCAUGUCCCUGGGAAUAAUAAUAUUUCAGUUAUUUCAAGAUAUUACUGGAAUUUGGCUAUAAAUUUAUCAACUUUAGACAUUUUAAGAAAAUGCAUAUUUCAAUAUACACUAGUGACAUUUUCUUAAAGUAAUUUGAUGACUACACUGAAUCGUGAAUCACAUAAAACAAAACAAUUUUAUUUUUGCGGGUGGCGGAAAUCGGAAAUAAAAUUAAUCCGAACGAAUUCAACUGCUUUUGAAGUAAUGACAGCGUUACUAGCACCAUUUUCAACGGAACACAUAAGUUUGUAGAACUAUCAGUACUUAUACUACUUGCCAUUCAGUCACAAUACACCUUUAAGUGCACAUACAAGUCGUUUUUAAAUGUUCUGGUGUGAGUAUCUGUGAGUCCGACGUAUCACCGCUUGCACUCAGACCGAACAAAUUCGUAGUAAUGUCGAGAUGCAGCUUAUAUUAUUUAAAUGGUGGUUUGUUGCUGUGGUCCAAUCUAAUGUUCCUUGUCAAGGAAUAUGACAGUUCUGUGUGGUGACGUCAGCGUUUAUGUUUUUAAUGAAGAUUGAUUGAUAUGUAAUGUUCGUUUUUAACAUUUGUUAGGUGAAAACUUCAGAUAAACUCUUUUUUUCUUUAUAAAGAAUCUUUAUCCAGUUCCCUUUGAAAUUUUAUAUCAAAUCGACUCUUAAGCAUGUUAAAAAAUUCGUCAAAUAUCCUACCCUCGAUAAAGUAGAAUCUCAAAUACCGAGAUACUACAAAAGAUAAUUGAAAUCUGUAAACAAUCGGUCUGGGAUAUUGACCUUAAGCAUUGUUCAAUUCGCGCCAAGGUACAAUAACACUGCCUUGGACUGAAUGAAUGAGGUUGCGACCUCUAUCCAACCUCUUUGUACAUUUAAGAACUUUAGAAGUCUCUUAUAAUAGAUCAAAUGAAUUUAUGCUCACUUUACGACAUUUCUUUAGACGAGACGAAGCAGUCCUAAUAACUUUAGAUUUUCCUGCUUAACUCUUUCUCAAA